AGGACUGACUCUGGCUCCCAGUCAGCAUUUCUGCCUUCUCUCCCAGAAGAAUUUGCUAUUUAUAGCUCUGCUUUGCUCCGUUAGAACGUAAUCAAAACCAUCCUCCCUCCAUAUGAGAACGCAUCCAGCGGCACUAACCCUCCCCGGGGAAAACUUCCCCAGAUUUGCAAUUCGGCCACCCGAAACGCCUCUGCAGCGGGAAACUUCCCCCGCCGGAGCACGGGACGCGCUCAGCGCGGCUCCGCUGCAGCCCCGGGCACAGCCCGGGCACAACCCGCGCUGCCGAGGAGGCUGCUCGGCUCAACCCCCCGAGUCAUUUCCUGCCUCCGGUCCCCUCGGGAAGGUCCCGCGGAGCAGGAGCGGAGCCGCUCCGGCAGCCGACACCCAACGGAGGACGAUGAACUUCUGCAUCGCGGUGCUCCUGGUCCUUCACUCCUUACCCGGGAAGGCGGAGGUCGAAGAUGACGUGGAGGAGAUCGCACAGGAUUUAUACGACUACAUGGCUCAUUUAAGCAACUACUAUUACUCCACAGAAGAUUAUUACUACGACAACAUCACGGCAACCCCCGCCACAUACGUGUACGAGUUGGAUUCAUACGAGACAAGCACCCUUGGAGAAGUGGACUGGGAUAAGUUGUUUCCAGAAGAGAAUUCCACCACCAAGAUUUCAGGAAGACCAGAUACAAAUGCUCCAGGGGAUUCCAGGGAUGCUGAAGACAGUCAGGACUCCCAGGAGUCAUUUGGAUCGUCCCUGCAAUGCCACCUCAGCCUCAUCAUCCUCCUCAGCUUCCUGGGUCUCCUGCUAUGACCCCCCCAGCCUCCUCCUCCCAAGGUACUCUGGGAUUUCAACACUCACUCAAAGCAUGUCCUUUAACCCAGGGAAAUCCAAUUCUUUCUGAAGCAGCAACUUUCCAAAGCAAUGGAAAGAUAACAAACCCUUCCAGGCACCCAGCUGCGAAGCCAGGGAACCCACCAGCAGCUCUGAUCGCCACUGAUGGCCUGCAGAGGCUUUCCAGGGCGUUUCCCAAUGACCUCUUGGCAUUCAAUGGGACCUUCAAGGGUGCAAGCAACCAGGCACCUCCCGCUGCUCAUCCACCCAAAUCCCCCAUUCCAUAAAACCCUGCAAUGGUUUGGGUUGGGAUGAACCUCACAGACCAGCUGGUUCCACCCUCCUGCCCAGGUUCCUCCACAGCUCCGUCCCACCUGCCCGACAUUUUCCCACAGCUGAAGCUCUCCAACAUCCCAGGAAACGCCGACCCCCCUCCCGCCACACGCGGGAACUUCCUCAGCUUUUCCCUUGUUCCAGACACGGCGGCUGGGAUGGUGACCAGGACACUGUCAGGCGUCGACAACGGCAUCCUCUCCACGAGGCGCUGCCUCCGUUCCAGAAGCGCCGUGACUUUGUGUCCAAAGGUUUUGCUGGAGGGACGGUGCCGCCCCGUGGCGCGAACACGGAGAGCUCUGCAACGCCUCAGUCCUCUCCUAUUUCCUCGGAUUCUGCUGUAAAUAAGAACCUCUGCCAAUAAAACCCCCAACACUCGGUGCACGGUCUCUCAUGGUAAAUAAUUCCUAACCACCACCAGGACUGGAAUAACAAACGCAAACAGCGCGUGCAGCGCUUGUCCCAUCAGAAGGAUCAUCUCGAGCCUCUAAACCCAGCCACGAGCUUCCAGCUUUGCUCCUUCCACAUCGCUCUUUGCACCGUUUAUUCUCCAGAAACGCCCGCAAUAUCUGGGUGCGAUGAGAAGCUGGACCAGAAAAUGUCCCGCCACCCCAACCCCCCCCCACGGAGAGCAAUCUGUUGCAGAAAUGGGUGACUUUGGUCGAGAAAUGGGAGUUAAACUCCUUUUGGGGGGAAAGGAGCGUGAUUCCACGCUCGGUGCCUAUGCUGCUUUUCCUUGGAAGAGGAAGAAGGGAUGGAAAACUGGCCCAGGCAUACCCAGGUAACCCCACAAGACAAAAGAGGCUGAGUCAAGCCAAGGGAUGGUGAGUCAAGCCAACAGGAGCUUCACGGUGGUCACAGUGCCCAGAGCCCCCGGCUCCCUCCAGACACCUCCCAGACCCCGGGAGAAUGUCCCGAAGUGCCAGAGCACGCACCACGCAUCUCGCUCACCUCCUCUGCACGCACGGAGCAGCGGGGCCAGCCCCUGCCUGUCCCACCAUUCACAGAUUACCCAGGCCCCCAGCCUCGGAAAGAAGAAGAGUUUUGUUUCCUAGGGAAGCUGAAAGGCUCGAAACGGGUUCAGAAGCGGCCGGAGGAGCGAGCCCGGAUGCGCUGCCUGGCAGUGCCACCUCCUGGCUCUGUGCUGCCAUAAAGGUGGAUUGAAAAAAGCCAAGAACGCCCCGGAAAAUUAUUUAGGAUCAAACAGCAGUGAGAUUUCCAACCCUGGAGUGGAGUAAAAAGCAAUUAAAGGAAAAUAAAAGAUGUGGAUGAAGGUUAUGAGUUUAUUCCUAAAAACCAUCCCUCUAAUGCAGACACGGAAAAUAAACCGGUUUGUUGUA